UUUUCACCAUGGUGCAAAACUGUUUAUAGAUGGCGUUGUAGCUGAGUUCCAUACAUAUUUCCGUCUGUUGUAUCCAGCAUAGUUUGACUCAUAUUUUUAAAAAUGAGCUUUAAAGACUUAAGAAAUUUUACAGAAAUGAUGAGAGCUUUAGGGUUCCAUCGACUUAUCUCCAUGGAGAAUUUCAGAACACCAAAUUUUAAACUUGUUUAUGAAUGUCUAACAUGGUUGAUGAAAAGAUAUGACCCUAAUGUUGACUUGGGAAUUGACAUUGACACAGAACAAGAUCGUGUAAUUUUUAUCAAAACAGUUGCUGAAUUCAUGGCUACAAAAGCACACAUUAAACUGAACACCAAAAAAUUAUAUGGAGCAGAUGGUUAUGCAGUAAAAGAAAUGCUUAAGAUAACAUCUGUGUUAUAUAAUGCAACAAAGUCAAAUGUGGCGAGCAAGCUGGAAUCUGGAGCAGGGGAUAUUUCUAGUGUUUCAUUUGAUGUUUCUUCUAGGAUCAAUGAACUAAAAGAAGCAAGAAGAUUAGCAUCAGAAAUAACAGUAAAAGGAGCCCAGUUGUAUGACCUUUUAGGGAAGGAAGUUGACUUAAGAGAACAAAGAGUCAUGGUUAUUGCCAAAGCACUGGAGAUCAAUGAAGUAGAGCAUGGAAUGCAACAAUCCAUUGAAGCUGUCAGGCAAGAGAUUCAGAAAACAAUUAACAUGCUGGACAACGUUGCUUCAGAUGAAGCCAAUUUGGAAGCUAAAAUUGAAAAAAAGAAGAGUGAGUUGGACAGAAAUAAUAAACGUUUACAGACAUUACAAAGUGUUCGACCAGCAUAUAUGGAUGAGUAUGAAAGACUUGAGGAGGAGUUACAAAAACUGUACGAUGCCUAUAUGAUAAAGUUUAGAAAUUUGGCCUUUUUGGAAACACAGCUUGAAGAGCAAAACAAAGUGGAACAAGACAAGUUAGAAGAAACUGAGCAACAACUGAAGAGUAUGGCUGAAAAAAUUCGAACAGAAGAAAGAAAACACCAGCAAAUUUCUCCAGAAGAUGAUGACGAUGACAAAAAUAUUUUUGAUGAUGAUGAAAAAGAUUCAGAUGAAGAAAUACCCAAACAGUCCCGUGUAGCUGAUCGGUUCAGACCCGAUGCACCAGUACAGCAAAGAGGUGGCAAAGUAGCUGGAACAAUGAAUCCAGAAAUAAGCGAGGAGAGUGAAUCGGCAUCAUCAGAUGAAUCUGAUGAUAUAGACUUGGAUGACCUUGGAGAUGAAGAUGAUGAAGAUGAAGUAGAUUAUAAAGGUCAUGGUGGUGUGUCUAACCAGAGAAGUCGAAAUAAACCACCACCUGAAGAUUUAGAUGACAGUGAUUUUUAAUUUGAAAUUAUUUUAAAUGAAAUUAUUGUUUUGGCUGUAAAAUUGUGAUUUAAGAAAAUUACUUUCAUGUCUUUCUAUUUUGUAAAUCUUUAAAUUUUAAAAUAUUAUAACAAUGCAUUUUAUAUAGAAAUACAUUAAAGUUAUUUGUAAA